GUUAGGAUGGUUAUUCAGCUGGCUUCCUGCCUGGUGUCCCACAUCACUGCUACACCUUAAAGAGGCCGAGGACAAAAUGCUAAAAUGUAUUGCAAGCACAUACAAUAAACGAUAUGUGUAUUUAUCUAAUGGAAAUAAAAUAUGGACACUGACAUUCUCUCCAGACCUUUCACAUAAAACUCCGCUUGUUCUCCUGCAUGGGUUUGGAGGAGGUGUUGGAAUGUGGGCUCUCAAUUUUGAAGAUCUCUGUGAGAACAGGACCGUUUAUGCUUUCGACCUCUUGGGAUUUGGACGUAGCAGUAGACCACACUUUGACACUGAUGCUCGGGAGGCAGAAAAUCAGUUUGUGGAAUCCAUAGAAGAAUGGAGAAAGGAGGUGGGGUUAGAAAAAAUGAUUUUACUUGGACAUAAUCUAGGUGGAUUCCUGGCUGCUGCUUACUCAUUAAAAUACCCAUCAAGGGUCAAACAUCUUAUCUUAGUGGAGCCAUGGGGUUUUCCAGAGAGGCCUGACAAUGCUGAACAUGAAAGGCCAAUUCCAAUAUGGAUCAAAGCACUAGGAGCUAUAUUGAGUCCAUUUAAUCCAUUAGCUGGGCUGAGGAUAGCCGGACCCUUUGGAUUAAGCCUUGUUCAGCGUUUAAGACCUGAUUUCAAGCGAAAAUAUUCAUCGAUGUUUGAUGAUAACACUGUGGCUGAAUAUAUCUAUCACUGCAACGUACAGUCACCCAGUGGUGAAACAGCUUUCAAGAACAUGACUAUUCCUUAUGGAUGGGCAAAAAGGCCGAUGCUGCAACGGAUUCCACAAAUGGAUGGAGACAUUCCUAUCACUGUGGUCUAUGGAGCACGUUCAUGUAUAGAUGGCAAUUCUGGCAGCACUAUCCAGUCUCUGAGACCAAACUCAUAUGUGAAGACAAUAGCUAUCCUUGGUGCAGGUCAUUAUGUGUAUGCUGAUCAACCUGAAGACUUCAAUCAGAAAGUGAAAGAUAUCUGUGAUUCUGUGGACUGACUGUCUUCUGUUCUUCAGAAAGUCAUACAGUAGAUAGCAUUUAAUAGCAAUACUCUCUAGGAAAUCACUCAAGAAUGCAGAGCUAAUGGAACAGGCUCUGUUUGCACACUGUUUCUUCUAAGAAGCCAUUUGCACAAUUAAACUGCUUAGUGCCUUUUUUGGGGAGUAUAGAGAGAUUUGGAGCAAACUUUUUACAGCUUUGAGAUUGGUCUUUAGAUUGUUAGCCUGUCAUAUAUGAUAUUACAUAUAACUUUUAAAAGUGGAAUUUUCUUAAAAAUGUAAUUGAAUUUUGCUCAUGUUGAACUUCUGAAGAUGCAGAAUUCUCCACAAAUACAGACAACUGUAUCAAUAUAGAUACAAAGUCUAAAAUGCAAUUUGGUUUCUUUAUGAAGAUUCAUAUUUUUUAGUUGAUGUUUCAUAGCAAGAAUGUGAAAUUGCUUAUACAUUUUAUUUUUUUGAAUCCAGAACUCUAUAUACAAUGUUUUAAGAGAGUGUAUUUUUUUUUAUUGGCAUGAUAACAGCUUGUGAAGCUGAUUUUGGGAGAAGAACAGGGCCAAAAUAACG